AUGGGCUGUUUUGCGCCAAUUGGAAUGGAUUUGGUGGCGCGAAUAACAAUCCUUUUUGUGUACCUUGGAGCGCAAUUUCUUGUAAUACGUUACAUUUAUAUUGAAUUUUACAAUGUAACUGGAUUCCAUAAAAUUGGAUGGUACAUAUCAGUAUCUAUAUGGGGCGUAUUUUCAUUUUUAUGGUUAAUUGCCCAUAUAACAACAUCCUGGCUCGAUGCUGGAAGUACAGAACUAUGCCUAGAAAGAAGAAAAUUACUGAUUAAGGGAAGUCUUCAGGAAUUACCACCAGAAAUAUCGAAGCAUAGGAAAUGCGAGAAGUGCGGCCUUCCGAAAACAGAACGCACUCAUCAUUGCAAAACUUGCGGUAAAUGCUAUUUUAGAUUUGAUCAUCAUUGCCCUAUAGUUGGUAAUUGUAUUGCAUUACGAAAUAUGAAAGCAUUCGUAUUAUUCAACAUAUUUACUGCCAUUUUAGUUGUUGAUUGCGCAUUUAGUUUAAUUUUCUACAGACUCAAACAAAAUUCAGACUUCAAGGGAUUUAUGUGGUUUGUGCUCGCUGUUCUCCUCUUCUGCGCAGCAUUUGUUGGAUUUUUUGGCUUCUCAUAUUGCUCAAAUAUUACAAAUAACAGAACAACACUUGAGAGAAUCGCUAAACUUGAUCCACAACGAUAUGAUGUUGGAAAAUUUGCUAAUGCAAAACAAAUUCUUGGCGAUAAAUGGUAUACAUGGAUUUUUCCUCUUCCAAACAACGUCGAUGGCUUUGAAUGGGCAGAUAUGCAAAACAGAGUUUAUAUAGUUGGAAUGCCUUAA